UGUCCAGAGAGUGUUACCAGUGUCCCAUCGGCUUUGCCCUUGGACACCCCCAAGUUGCGGUGAUGACUCCUUUUGUGCUUAGAGCAAUAUAUCCUUCAGUGGAUCGCUCCGUGUUAGCCUCUGUAUUAGACUACAACGGCCGAUAUGAACAGACACAAUGGCUGAAAACAUGAACACUACUACAAUGUCGCAACCUAGCGAAUCGCCGAGUAAACCUGGGGAGGACAACCCCGCGGCAUCAUCUGCGCCGCCUCGACCCCAAAGAGUUCCGUACCACCAGAUCUACAAACUCCCUGCGCCAAUUCGUACCUUUCCGCUGCCUAGCUUCUACCCCAGCAAUCCCCUUUCCCUCUUUCACCUUGCCGUCGCGUGGUUGAGACAAGUGUUGUUGCCUCCCCCCGCCGAACCAUCAGUGAUACAUGAGGGAAUCUGGGAUCCCGAUACUCGCUCCGUACAUGUUAAGGACCCCAAGUCCAUCCGCGCCCUGUGGGAACAGGGCUUCUAUGGAAAAGGAAGCUUGAGUCGUAGUGAACCCAACUGGUUUAAGAGAGAGCUUAGCCGCCGCGGUCUUGACGGGACAACGGUCAGCGAAGAACGCACCGUGUCACGCCGUGAAGAACGCAAGCAGGUCAAGUGGGAAAGGGCAAAGGCAGAGCUGGAGGCCAUCGAGAAGCAAAAGCUCGAGGAAGCCAAGCUUAACAGUGAAACUGUAAAUGCUGCUGUCCCAGAGUCUCUUGCUGCCGAGUCCGAGCCCGAGCCUCAAGUUCUACCUGCAUCUCUUCCUGAUCCUGUCCUUUCUGCCACUUCAACCGCUGCAACAUCCCAGGCUGCACCUACGGACGAGUUUGUUCCCAAGACAGUAGCACAUGGACAUAUUGUCGAGCCGAAACCGCCCGUUGGCCCCUUGGAGCUUCUGGCUUUGCCCAACUCAUAUGCUCUUGUCCGAUGCGAGGAGCCGGUGCUAUCGCAACCUGAACCAGCAACCACUGAAGAGAAUGUGCGCAAGGAAUUCAAGCCGCCUGUUGGUCCCAUCGAGUUGUUGGCUCUCCCCAAUUCUCUGGCCGAUCUUGUCGCACUAUCAGUCGUAUCCGUCUUGAGCGAGGACAUUGGUAUUGAUGAAGACGAGUCUUCUCAGUCGGAGGCAAGUGCCCUGACCAACGACGAACCCGAGACCAGCGCAACAAAAGUCACCGAUACCACCUCUUCUGUUUCCUCUCCUCUUUCUACGGACGGACAGCCAGACAGCCAGCCAGCUCAGGAAGACACCCCCGCUACUCCUGAGAGGAGGAAGAGCGUUCGCUUCUCUCCCACCGUCGAGUCUACCACCUUCCAGCACACCGAUGCAGCCUCUGAAGUCAAGAACCACAAUGGGUCAUCUGACGUUGAAGCCAUCUCCUCUGCUGUCCCUGCCGUCGAAAAGCCUAUCAUUUCCAAUGUCGAGCCUACCGUUUUCUCUGAGGAGUUGGUUGACAAGGAGCACUUCCAGCUGGCCCCCGAAGAGGCUUUCUUCUUGGCCUUUGGCCUUGGUGCUCUCCGCGUUGUCGAUCCAGUCACCAAGGCUCCCAUCUCGAACGAACAGCUUCUCAUCAAGCUUCGUGCCAACUCUUACUUCCCUCCUCGGUCCGUCGAUAACCUUAGCCCUGAGGAUCCCUUCCUCGUCCAAUACGCCGUCUACCACCACUUCCGUUCUCUUGGCUGGGUCCCCCGUCACGGUAUCAAGUUUGGCGUCGACUGGAUUAUCUACCAACGUGGCCCGGUCUUCGACCACUCCGAGUUCGGUAUCAUGGUGGUGCCGUCAUUCUCCGACCCUCGCUGGAGCGAGUACGAACACGAGGAGUCAAAGAAAACCUGGUCUUGGCUGAUGGGUGUCAACCGUGUGUUGGCCCAUGUGCUCAAGAGCUUGGUUCUCGUCUAUGUCGACGUGCCGCCCCCUCCAGUGUUUGAUGAGGAGAUGAAGAAGGGUGGCAUUGCGGCUGCGCUUAAGAAGUUCAUGAUCCGUGAGGUUAUGGUCAGGCGGUUCUCCGUCAACCGCAACAGGUAGAAAAAGGAACAAGCGUUUUGGUGUCGACGAGGUACCUAUACAGCAUUGCAUGGCGUUUAGGUUUUUGGGUUGUCUGGCUGGAUCGGAAAAGGUUAUAUAGACUGUUGCACCACUUGCAUAGCUAGACUCUUAGUUUAAGUUAUAACAGAGAGCAUUCUGACA